UCCCGACCGCAUGGGGGCGCUACAGCACAAACACAAGACAACUUCAUACCAGAAGUAGGAAGCCAAACUGAGUUCCGACAGUUUACCGAACUUCACUUAUAGCAUCUUAUCGUUCACAAAAACACUUUUUGCAGAAAAAAAAUAUGUAAUGGAAAAGGAAGACCGCAGCUUUUGGAUUAAAUAGCCUCAGGCGUUGGUAUUACUCAGCCUCCAUCCAACGAGACUCGAGGUUACGACCAACAACAUUGCAAGUCAUCAUUAUACAUUUUAAACUCAACUAGUUUUCUAGUUAUCUCAGGGAUUAAAUCCCUAUGCUAUGGACGAGGUGAGAAUCUGAAUGUGUGCUCGCCACAUCUCUUUUCUGCAAUCUGCUCCGCGGUUGCUAUACCAAAUGUUGUGGCUGGUUAGUAAAUCAAGUUGCUGAGUAUUUUAUAGACUACAGUGAACGGAAGCAACAUCAGUAACGUUACUAGAUGACUACGUUGUAGCUCGCUGAUAUAAUGUUUUCUAGUAAGGUAACGUAGCUAGUUAACUAACUAGCUAGAUAAAUGACGAUACAAUCAACAGUAGCUGGUGUAUUUUGGUUUGCAUUGAUUGAUAUCAAAUGUUAUUGGUCACAAACACAUAGCGGGGUGAACAGGUUGUGGCUCAGGUGGUUGAUGUCCUCGAUGAUAUUUUUGGCCUUCCUGUGACAUCGGGUGCUGUAGGUGUCCUGGAGGGCAGGCAGUGUGCCCCUGAUGAUGCGUUAGGUAGACCGCACCACCCUGUUGCGGGCGGUGCAGUUGCGGGCGGUGCAGUUGCCGUACCAGGUGGUGAUACAGCCGCUCUCAAUCGUGCAUCUGUAAAAGUUUGUGAGGGUCUUCGGGACCAAGACAAAUUUCUUCAGCCUCCUGAGGUUGAAGAGGCGCUGUUGUGCCUUCUUCACCACACUGUGUGUGUGGACCAUUUCAGAUGGUCAGGGAUGUGUAGGCAGAGCGACUUGAAGCUUUCCACUGAUAGUUCCUCAACCAGUUCUACUCAGCUGGAAAGGUUUAUUUCAGAGAGAAGUUGUAUUUUUUUUCCAUAGCAAGCAAAAAAAAUGCCUUGCUAUUUAGGAUGGUGUCAUAUUGCUAAAUCUACAUAUUAAUAAUGUAACUAGUGUGCUGUGAAAACUGCGCUGUCACUCUUCAUCAUAUAGGACGUUGAAGACCCGUCCAGCCCGUCUCCAUCCUGCUCCACUGAACCCCAACCCACGGUGUCCCCGGGUCCUGACAGGAACCAUGGCGACCAGGAGGACAGUAACCAUGGUGAUCAGAAAGACACACCGCAAGGUCAGGAGAGGUUUACUCCGGGGAGAGACCCUCUACAUCAGGAGAACCUGAGCAACACCAGAUGAAACGCAGAACGAGGCAGAAAAAGACCCACCGAUGCCCAGAUUGUGGGAAACACUGCCAGACAUUAUCGGCGCUACAAAUACACAUGAGAACCCACACAGGAGAGAAGCCUUACGCUUGCUUUGUGUGUAAGAAAACGUUCAUUAUUAGACAAGCUUUGAAAACACACCAGCGAACACACACAGGAGAGAAGCCUUAUACCUGCUCUGAGUGUGGCAAGGGCUUCGCUCAUCAAUGUAGUUUGAGAUACCAUCAAAAGAGGAAUUCUGAACAGAUUAAAACAGACCCGAAUGAGAAGAUGACCUGCUGCUGUGGACAAGAGUUCUCCUCAAAGUGUGUACUGGAGGUUCACUUGAAGACGGACACGGGAGCCAAGCCUUACACCUGCUGUGUGUGUGGCAAGAGGUUCAAUAAAGAAUCAUUAAAAGAACACCAGCGAUCCCACACAGGAGAGAUGCCUUACUCUUGCUCUUUCUGUGGCAAGGGUUACUAUCACAAACCGGCUUGGAAAGCCCACGAGCGAACGCACACAGAGGAGAAGCCCCUGUGCUCCGUGUGCGGACGGACCUGCUCUAGUAAGUAUACGUUAAAAGUCCACGAGCGAACACACACAGGAGAGAUGCCUUUCCUCUGCUCGGAGUGUGGCAAGGGCUUCAUCAGUAAAGGACUCCUGAUGACCCACGAGCGAUUCAACUGUUCUGGGGGAGAAGAACGACGGCGACCGAAGAGGUUUCACAAGUGUCCGGACUGUGGGAAGGAGUUCACACAAGCAAACAAACUGGAGAGACACAUGAGAACACACACAGGAGAGAGGCCUUACCAGUGCUCUGUGUGUGGGAUGAGGUUCAACCAGAAAGGGAAUCUCAAAACGCAUUUUAAAGUGCACACAGGCAGGGAUCCCAGUUUGCUGCCUGACAUGGACAUGAGGAUGACUUCUUCAGAAGCAGCGAAACAGCCUCUGGACAACAGACAUAAUGUUGGGAAACCACAACAAUUCCAGAAUCAGAUUGGCGAGGAGGGAACCCACAACUUUCCUGCACCACAAACCCACAACCUACCGACACCACAAACCCACAACCUACCGGCACCACAAACUCACAACCAUCCGGCACCACAAACCCACAACCAUCCGGCACCACAAACCCACAACCUACCGGCACCACAAACCCACAACCUACCGGCACCACAAACCCACAACCUACCAGCACCACAAACCCACAACCAUCCAACACCACAAACCCACAACCAUCCGGCACCACAAACCCACAACCAUCCGGCACCACAAACCCACAACCAUCCGGCAGCGCAGAGGGAGGGAAGCCACCACCACCUCCCAGCAGCACAGAGGGAGGGAAGCCACCACCUCCCGGCACCACAGAGAGAGGGAACAUCCCACCACAUCUCGGCACCACAGAAACCCACCAUGUCCCACAGGGGAGAAAAACACUAUCUCUGCCCUGAGUGUGGCAAGACUUACACCCGGGAAUACGACCUCCGAGUCCACCUCAGAACGCACACAGGAGAGCGACCGUACCAGUGUUAUGACUGCGGGAAGGCCUACGUCCGGAAAAACAAUCUCCAACAACACCGGCGGUCACAUGCUCCCAAGCCCAUGGGACCGACCCGCCAUUUAGGCAGACCACCCAGGGUGGGCUCUAGUAGUGGAAGGUCCAACCAACCACCCAGGGUGGGAUCUAGUAGUGGAAGGUCCAACCAAUCACCCAGGGUGGGAUCUAGUAGUGGAAGGUCCAACCAAUCACCCAGGGUGGGAUCUAGUAGUGGAAGGUCCAACCAAUCACCCAGAGUAGGAAGAGCUAAGCAAAACAUGCCUACAUCAAUGUAAAUAUGAGAGACUCGUGCCCUUACCGCAGAUGGAGAGAGGACACUGGCAGUUCUGGCACCUUUAAACACGGGGCUGGGUCCAUAUCAUCAUCCCAAAUAGCACCCUAUUUCCUAUAUAGUGCACUACUUUUGACCAAGGCCCAUAUGGGAACCUUUAAGGGCUCUGCUGAAAUGCAGUGCACUAUAUAGGCAAUAGGGUGCUAUUUUGGACACUCACACUGCAUCUUAUGACUACAGAAUCGUUAUUCUUUCUGGUGUGUGUGCGCGCGUCUGUAUGCACGCAUGUAUUUGUGUCGUGUUGUUGUGAUCAGUACAAUACAGUCCACUGUGUUGUGUAAGAUAAUCAAUCAUACUAUGUAAUCCUGUGCAUUUUAUUUCUUGUUUAUUUUAUAUAUCUUAUUUUACUUAUUGAAGCUAUCAUGAUACUAAGAAAUGACUUGCAUUUCAUAUAACGCCAUGGUCCAAUAAAUGAACAUUGGGGGAAAAACGUCUCUCCUUUAUUACCCCUUAUCCAGGGCACGAUACACCGACGUCACAGAUGCGCGAUUCUUUAGGGUGGCAGUAAGGAAGC